AAUCAGCCGACAAAUGGGCUUUUAUUGCCACAACAUGUUUCGGGGCCUUGGGCCCGAAAUAUGUUGCGGCAAUAAAAGCACAUUUAGCAACAAGCACUGGUUGUCGGCUGAUUCUCUCAAAUGCAGAAUCCAAGAAAGGAAAUGAUUUCUCAGCUCCAUAACCUUUGUGCACUGGGUGAUAGGACAAAGCUGCACCCUCUUCUCAGCCAUUCAUCUUCAGUCAUUAAUGAAACAAGUGAACAUGGAUGGAGUGCUCUUAUGUUUGCUGCUCGAAACGGACACUUUGAUGUUGUAAAUGUACUGCUGGAGAAAGGGUGUGACAGAACACUGGUUAAUAAGUCAAACCAGACUGCUUUGGAUAUUGCCAAGUUUUGGGGUCACAAACACAUUGCUGACUUACUGACUCAUACAAAAGGAGGAUCAAAACCCCAUUUUUUAUUAAACGCUAAAGAAGAACACGAGAAUUAUUUCAGUAGUACAAUUCUGGACAAAAGAAGUGAUAAGAGGACAGAUAUGAAUUGGUUAAAAUCCAAGCAAACUCAGGCCAGCACUGUUUAUAUCCUGUUUUCCAACCUAAAUCCACUAGUUCAUUUAGUUGGGGGCAGAGAUACUCCAGAAGAUCCAGAAAUCAAGCUUUGCAGACUUCAGUCGGAGGAAAUGAAGGAAUACCUGUUAAGGCCUGAAGAUGUUACUCUGAUAUUUCUUGGUGUUGAAAAACACUCGAAAACAAUUCAUUCCUCAGAACCCAAAAGAGAUUCUGGUGGGGAGGAUGAUGGACUGGUAGCAUGGUUUGGACUGAAUUCAAACAAUGGAUCUUCUGAACCAUUUGAAAAGAAACUCCAAGGCUGCUAUUUUCUCCGCCCCCCAAAGACUGCUUUUUUGCAACUGAGCCCUAAAGAAGCAGGUAUAUUAGCCCAAGCAAGAUCCGUUCUGGCAUGGCACAACCGUUACAAAUUCUGCCCAACUUGCGGCAGUGCAACAAUCAUUGAAGAAGGUGGCUACAAGAGAACCUGCUUAAAGAGUGGAUGUCCUAGUCUGCAAGGGAUCCACAAUACAUCAUAUCCAAGAGUCGAUCCUGUUGUGAUAAUGUUGGUUAUUCAUCCUGAUGGAAGCCAUUGUCUGUUGGGAAGAAAGAAGAGAUUUCCUGUGGGCAUGUUCUCUUGUUUAGCAGGAUUUAUCGAACCUGGAGAAACCAUUGAAGAUGCAGUUCGAAGAGAAGUUGAAGAGGAGAGUGGGGUUAAAGUUGGACAUGUUCAGUAUGUAUCAUGUCAGCCAUGGCCCAUGCCUUCAUCCCUAAUGAUUGGCUGCUUGGCAGUUGCAAUAUCUACUGAAAUUAAAGUUGACAAAGUGGAAAUGGAAGAUGCUCGUUGGUUCACCAGAGAACAGGUUGUCGAUGCAGUGAUCAAAGGAAACCAUCACGCAUUAACUGUACCGCCAAGGCAAGCCAUUGCCCAUCAGUUAAUAAAGCACUGGAUUGAAAUGCAUGCCAAUCUCUAAGUCUUCAAAUCUGUUUAAUCUAAAUAGACAUUUUACAUGUUUAUUUAAAGAACUGAGAAAUGCAGUUUCCAUAGGAAUGUAUCAUCAUUGCACCUACAGGUUGAGAAACAUGAACAGUAUAAUCAGUGCAAUAAAUACCAGCUGCCAUCAAGCUAUAAGCACGUAAGUAGUAAGUUUUCAGGCAGAAUGAAACUUAUUCAGAAACCUGGUAUCCAGAAAGCUCUCAAUCAUAGGAAAGGCCAUCUCCCAUAGAGAUAAUAAUAAAACGGUAACUUG